AUUAGAAUCUCACUCUCCCUCUCCUUUUUCAUUAUGUUGGGCCUAUGUUUUGUCAGCCAAGGAUACAAGAGAAGCAUGCUCAUCAUGCAUGGGAGUCGAUAAACAGAGCAACGUAGGACAGAAUGGCUUUAUCUCGCUCUCAAUCACAACAAACCAUUCAUUUCCUGAAACCCAACAAACACAUAGCAAUCAUAAACAAAACCCACAAUUUGUAUUUCCCUCAUUUAUUCAUCUUCCUUCAAAUCCCCCAAUCAAAACUCGAACCCCAUUUUCCAUUUUCUUUCUUUUUUUUUUUUUUGACAACUUUUGUCUAUUCAAAACAUCCAAUCCCAACCAGCAUCUGCAGCUGAAACACGACAAGCAUCACCUGUCAAACAUCUUCUGUCGCCUGCUGAAAUGGAGUUCCGAUCACGACACUUAAUAUCUCCCAAGGUUAGACCAAUCGAUGUUUUCUAGAAUUUCUUGUUUCAAUAUUAGAUGGAUAAGAUGGGGAUGGAGUUUUCAAGAAUCUGUAUCUCUUUUGGGUUAGGAUUGUUAUGAUCCCUUGGAUCCUAAUGGAAACAUUACCAUUACUUAUGAUAUUCAAACUUGGACCACUCGUGGAUAUGUGGGGAGAGUUACUAUCCAAAACUACUAUCAGUUCCGGCAUGUCGAGAAUCCAGGUUGGAAGUUGGCGUGGACAUGGACGAGGGGUGAAGUCAUCUGGUCAAUGAAUGGAGCUUUUGCAACUGAACAGGGGAAUUGCUCGUUGUUCAAGUUUGACAUUCCACAUUCCUGUGAGGAGAGACCUGUCAUUCUUGAUCUCAUGCCGGAGGCAUCACUGGGGAACAGGUCGGAGGGUUGUUGCCGCAGUGGGGUUCUUUCUGCUUGGGCUGUGGACCGUUCCAAGUCUUUCUCUUCGUUUGAAAUCUCAGUGGGGAGCAAGGACGAAGAUGGCAAUGAGCUACCACCUGCCAAUAUUACUCUCAUGGCGCCUGGUCCUGGUUACACUUGCAGCCCGUUUCUGGACUCUCAUCCAACUGUUUCUUCUGUAAUUGAUGGCAAAAGAGAAGUUCAGGUUUUCAGAACAUGGAAAUCAACAUGUACUUACUCCAUAUUUGUGGAUAACAAGACACCAGUCUGUUGUGUUUCACUCUCAGCGUUUUACAAUCCCUCUAUCACACCUUGCCCUUCAUGCAGCUGUGGAUGCAGAAAAGCAAACAAAAGCUCUGUUCAAUGUACAAGAGAUGAAUACCAGUUGUCAUCCUCGGAUUCUGCUACUAAUCUUUCCUCUGUACGGUGCUCGGAUCACAUGUGCCCGGUUCGAGUGCAUUGGCAUGUGGAGACGAACUAUAUCAACCAUUGGAGGGUGAAACUCACAGUUUCCAACUACAACUAUAACAGAAACUACUCAAACUGGAACAUCCUAGUGCAGCAUCCAGGAUUUGGCCAAUCAACAGAAGCAUUUAGUUUCAAUAGUUCGCAACUUCCAUCCUUAAGAUAUGGGGAUGAGUUGGCUCUCUUUUGGGGCAUAGAGAAUUUCAACACAGAGCUUGUGCAGUCAACUGAGAGCAAUAUGGGGUAUGUGACGACAGAUAUUCUUUUUGAGAAAGAUUUGGAAUCAUUCACAUUAAGCAAUGGUUGGGCCCUUCCAAGAAGAGUUUAUUUCAAUGGAGAUAACUGUCAUAUGCCUUUACCAGAUACCUUCCCAAUGCUACCAAAUGGGAAUACUAAGCAAAGCCUCUCACUUUACCUCUUCAUUCUUCUCUUCUUUUUUGACCUUUUUGUUUUGGUGAAAGUAUAGUAUGGGUUGUUUGGCUCCUUGGUUUUGUGAGUACGAGAACGAUAAUUUGUGAGCAUAGGAAAAAAUAUGAAAGGAAUUUUUUUAGUAAUAUAAUCAAUAGUCUUGUUAUUGAA